AUGUUCCUGGGAGCUCUGUCCGAUACAUUGAUCCGCGUUUGGGAGUAUGUCACCUUCUGGUGGUACUAUCCACCUGCUCUCUCCAACAUGAGGCUCAAGGGGCCUGCAAGAGCAGGGGAUGACAAUGCUCUCAUGGUGCAGUUCUUCACUUGGGAGGCCAACAAUCCCGAGAUGAGCUGGUGGAAGCAUUUCGAGACUGAGGUUCCCAAUCUUGCUGCAAUGGGUGUUACACAAGUGUGGCUACCGCCCCCAAACAAGGCCAUGAGAAAGCAAGGACAAGGCUAUGACGCAUAUGACUUGUGGGACCUUGGCGAGUUCUAUCAAAAAGGGACUAUUGCGACUAGAUGGGGUACUAAAGAAGAGCUUGUCCGAGCGGUCGCCGCCGCUAACGCCCACGGCAUUGACGUCCUCGUGGACGCGGUCCUCAAUCACAAACUGGGAGGGGAUAGACCAGAGAAAUUCAUGGCAACUCCCGUCGAUCCAAACAACCGUUUAAUGGAGAUUGGGCCAACUAGAGAGAUAGAGGGGUGGACAGCGUUUGACUUCCACGGAAGGGCUGAGAAGUAUAGUAGCCUCAAAUGGACGUAUGAACACUUCACGGGACUCGACUGGGACCACAAGACAAGGACUAAGGGCGUGUGGCGAAUAAGUAGCGACAAACACAAGGGCUGGUCAGAAUGGGUAGACCGCGAAAAUGGGAACUACGACUAUCUCCUUGGCAUAGAUAUAGACCAUAGACAUCCCGAAGUACGAAAAGAUCUGAUGACAUGGGGAAGCUGGGUCUUGCAGACUACGGGCGGAGCAGGUUUCCGGCUCGACGCCAUCAAGCACAUGGACAGGCGUUUCUUGCUGAGCUUCAUCAAACACGUACGCGAGACUCUUGGAAGGCAGGACCUGUUCUCCGUCGCUGAGUAUUGGUCGACCGAUCUUGAGGCGAUCAAGCCGUAUAUCAGGGUGUUCGAAGGACUAGUCACUUUCUUUGAUGUACCGUUGCACUACAACUUUCACGAAGCCAGCAAAGUCGGUUCGAAGUACGAUUUGAGGAAGAUCUUCGACAAUUCCAUAAUGACAUUCAGACCAGGUGACGCUGUAACGUUCGUCGACAACCAUGACACGCAAAUCGGACAAACGUUGGAAAGCUGGGUCGGUGUCAACUUCAAACUGCAGGCCUACGCUCUAAUUCUGCUGUAUGGCGAAGGCCAUCCCUGUGUGUUUUAUGGGGAUCUAUACCCUAACGAGGAAUGCUAUGAUUCCUCCAUCGCGCAAGGGCGGAAACGCCUGAUGGAGAUCCGGAAGAAGUUUGCGUACGGUGCACGGUCAGACUACUUCGCACACAAGAACUGCAUCGGUUUCGUACGCAAGGGCAAGCCCGGAUCCGGCUCUGGGCAUGGGGGCUGCGCGGUGCUUAUAAGCAACGCAGACGUCCCAGAGCAGCAUGGAAGGUACGGCGCUGUUUUGUCACAUACAAUUCGCAUGAACGUCGGCUCGGAGAACGCAGGCGCCAAGUACCGCGAGUACUACUCGCCUAGUAACCCGGAAAAGGUCGUGCAGAUCGAUGCGGGAGGCUGGGGCGCGUUCAGCUGCCCGCCUGGCGAUCUUCAAGUUUGGGUUAGGAGAGACACGCCAACUGACGAUGACCAGUAG